UUAUGGUCAUUAGUGCCUCUCCCUGCUGGGGUAAACACAUCCAGCCUUAGCUGAGCUGGAAAACACAAAUCUUAAAGAGACAUUAUGUCUUCAUCUCUGGUUAUGCUCUACAAAAAGUUGUAACCAAUUAAUCGUAUUUACUACACACACAGUUUUGUGGGUUUCAGGAAUUCGCCUAUAGCAACGAGGCCCUUGCAUAGUUACUGUUUACAUGGAAUGUCUUGAAAUGAUGUGGGAGCUGCUUCUAAAGGGAAUUUGGGAAAAAGUGAGCAAGCAACUGUCACUCCAAUUUAUCAGGUCUGUACUGUAUGUGUGUAAACUUGUUGCUACAAGAGGCAUAUGUGUGAUUUUACAAGUUGAAUAUGAAAUCUUAUUUGGAGCAAUUUUAAUCCCAAGGGCUGUCUUUGUUUACCCUACCUUCCUUUAAGAACACACCCAACAAUUUCAAAAAGGAAAAAGGCUGUAAAGUACAGGGAGGAUCAGCAGAAACAUGUAGGGUAGUUUUUUAUUUUUUUUUACCAUUGGAGUUACUGUUCAGCAAAAGUAAAAACAUUCCAGAGGAGGCCCUGUUUUUUCUUCUCCUCAAAGUAGGCCUCUUCAGUUUCUCUUAAGGACUUGUGUCCAACACCACAAACCAAGGCUGGAAUAUUUAUAACAACAUAGAGGAAGAGGGAAAGGAGAGGAUUGAUGCACUCAUGUCUUAAUGUUGGAAGGAUCAAUUGUGUUUAUGGGCUUAAUGCUCAAAUCUUCUACAUCCUGGUUAUUUCUAAUCUCUAUUGUUAGGACAUCAACUGUGUUUUCUGUGUGUUUGGAAAAGUGUGUUUCACAGUGCUUUGGCAGUUUUUUCUAGCAACCGUUUUAUCAAGUAGUGUUCACUGAUUAAAUAUACACUGAAAUAAUCAAGCAGAAGAAGAAGAAGAAGAAGAAGAAGAAGAAGAAGGUGAUGCAUAUUGAGGCAGACUGCCGCCAACGGUUUCGCGCAGUGCUGGUGGAAGCAACAGUGAAGCUGGACGAGCAGGUGAAGAGAAUUGGACGAGCUGUUGAUGACUCCAAGCCGUACUGGGAAGCCCGCAAAGUAGCAAGACAGGCCCAGGUUGAAGCCCAGAAGGCCACCCAGGAGUUCCAGCGGGCGGUGGAGAUAUUGCGAGCGGCAAAGGAGACCAUCGCCCUGGCCGAAGAGAGGCUGCUGGAGGAGGACAGUCGACAGUUUGACUCAGCCUGGCAGGAAAUGCUCAAUCAUGCAACACAGAGGGUGAUGGAGGCUGAACAGGCCAGAACACGCAGUGAAGCGGAGCACAGAAAAACAGCAGCCAAUCACAACUCCUGCAUCAGUCACAUGAGGCAGCUAGAGAAGAAACUAAAGCGCACAAUCAACAAAUCCAGGCCGUAUUUUGAACUGAAAGCAAAGUAUUAUCUACAGCUCGAGCAACUGAAACGCCAGGUGGAUGAGCGCCAAGCCAAACUUGUAGUUGCUAAGGCAGAGUACCGCUCAGCACUAAGCAACCUGGAGAGCAUCUCUGAAGAGAUCCAUGCCCAGAGGCGGUCCCUCGCCAUGGGAACCAGGGAGCAGGGCGUUGGCGCCGAGGGAGACGGGGGAAAUGAGGACAUUGCCAAUUUUAAGAUGGAGUCAGACGGUCUGUCAAUGGUGUCAGUAUCAAUUGACGAAGAGGGCAGUCACAGUAGCAGCUCAGAAGAGGAGACCGACACUCACUCCACCUCCUCUCCCAGAGCUGUGCCCUCCUCACCCUCCACAUCCUCCUCCCAUACAUCCAACUCAGCCUACGCCCCCCUGGACAUGCCCUGUCCUUACCCAUCCUCCUCGCUCUACAUCCCUGCCUCCUGCCUGUCCUCCCCUCCCUCCUCCUCCCCCGUCCUCUCCGCCUCUUGUCCUGAUAGCCUGGAGGUAGUGAACCCCUGUAGCCCUCAUGACCCCGACUCACUGUGCGGUUCUGGGCACACCUCACCUCUCCUAGGCCCCCGCAGCCAGUGCAGUGGAGCUUCCUCUCCAGACUGCGACCAGGAGAGAGGUGACAGAGCAGAGGGAGCUGAGGCGAAGCUUGAAGCUGGUUUGACAAAGCUAACCUUGACUGCAGCACAACCAGAAGGAGACGCCGGGGAAGAACAAGACCCCUCUUACGUGAACCCAGAAAUGUCCUCUUCCAGCCCUGCAACUACCAUACUGAUACUUAACAGUGUUUAAUGCACAUCUGUCAAACGUCAGACUCACACCGUGCGCUGCUUCGAGGCUUAAACUGACCUUUAGGCUGAAUAUCUGAAACGGACUGAAGACAUCAAGCUGCACACCGACCUGACAUUAUGUCUCCAUAUUGUCUAAACAUCACAUGAUGUCAUAUUAAGGUGCUACUUGUAAUGUACCAUCAUCGUCAUGAAAGACUAUGAACCCAUUAGUAUUGUAAACACAUCUGUGCAGAAGUUCUCUUUUUUUUUUGGCUGAAAAAAAAAAGUAAAUGUUGUGCCAUAAAGAUAUUUCUUUGUUGUUCAGCAGAAUAAGAUUUUGUUUAACUUGGCAUAUCGCAUAGUGAGACUGUUAAUCCUCUCAAAAAUGAUGUAGGUAGCCUACUGCUUCUGAUUUGUGACAAAGGAAAACAAAAAAGUAUUAAUUUGCUAUUGUUUGCACCAUUUAGAGAUGUUUGUAUUAAUGUGACCAGUAAGCCUCAUUUUUGGAGAUGAAUCUGAUGUGGAUCCAAAUUUGACAAAAGAAUACUCUGUCAGAUGUGGGACUAUAACUUGUUUUUUCAUCGAGCUCCUCCUUUAACUCCUACUUUUAAGUCUGAAAGAAAUGUAGCCGGUGGAGACUGUGGUUGUGGCUGUGGUUCUGGAGGAAUGGUUGUCGAGAAGGAAAUGGAGUGUAAGCCACGCUCUGAGCACUAAACUAAAGACGAUACUGUCUUCGGAUGGGGCCGAACAUUUCAGACAACAAUCGUCUUCCAUUUGGAUCUGUAAAUAAGUGAGUGAAUGUAUUUUUGCGUGUAGCCUACCAUCUGAUGUGGAGGUGAUUGUAGUGAUUGAGUGAAUGUUUUUUUUCUGUGUGUCUUUUUCUGUGUUAAAAAACUGAAACCCCCUGUAGUACAGAUAUUCUAUAUUUAUACUCCUGUAUUCUUGUAAAUGAACACUUUUUUUGGUUACUGUUGUUGUGUAACACAAAAUAAACAAUAAACAUGUGUCA